AUGCUCGUGCGGCUCGUGUUGGGACUCUUCGUCCUCAAAGCAGUGGUGGCCAGCCCCAGAUUUUCCCGACAAGUUGACUUGGACACAUACGACAGUGCCAACUAUGAUGUGGAUCUAGACAACUUAAAUUUGGAGAACCAGGAUAUCUAUGACUAUGAAGAUGGGCUGACAAUUGAUGAUCCUCAGAUAGAGAUUGGAACACUGGCCCCGUCUGACUAUAACUACCCUGUACCCGCCGCCUCGUUGGAGGAAGAGGAGGAAGAGGAAGAGUUGCCCCUAAAACCCCAGCUCGUCCCUCAGGGUUCAGGGGGAUCUGGAGUUCUCAUGGGCCCAGACACACAGAAAGAGGUGGAGCUGCGUCUGAUGCCCACUGACAUCCCUCAUGUCUCCGGGGAUUUUGGGGGUUCCGUAGGGUCUGGAGCCUCAGCAGCUUCUGGGGCUUCUGGGUCUGGAGGCUCAGGAGAUCUACUGGUCUCCAGUGCCUCUGGGGGCUCUGGUGAUAUUUUGCUUAUUUCCGGAGUCUCCGAGGAGCUCAUCAGCUCUGGGGUAUCUGGAGAGUUCUUGGUAUCUGGGGAUGUCUUGAUAUCUGGAGAUCUCUGGGGAUCUGGGGAUCUCUGGGAAUCUGGGGAUCUCUGGGAAUCUGGGGAUCUCUGGGAAUCUGGGGAUCUCUGGGAAUCUGGGGAUACCAUGGGAUCCGCAACUUUUGGAGCCUCUGGGGACCUUGGCUCUGGAGGUUCUGGGAUUCCCACUGAACUCCCCCUGGGCUCUGGAGGGUCUGGGGACCAGUCUGGUUCUGGGUUUUCUGGAGAUCUCUUGAUCUCAGGAGCCUCUGGAAGCUCUGGGGUUUCUGGGGACUCUGGUGAGUCCGGGGACUCAGGGAUAACUUUGUUAUCUGGAGAGGAGGAGCUGCCCCUCACUCCCGACACUAUCCCCCACGAGGCAUCGGGUGCUUCUGGGGAUUUCUCAGGAGCUUCAGGAAUCUCAGGGGCCUCAGGGGAUACUGGAGCCUCUGGAGACUUAGGCGUCUCUGGAGCCUCUGGGGCUUCUGGUGUUUCUGACUCUGGAGACACAGAGGUCCCUGAGGUAACACUGGUUCCUGACAUUGAUAAAGAGGAGGGGCUGCUUCCGACUACACCAGAAACCCCUCAGGAGGGUACUGGCGGUGUAGAAGGGUCAGUGAGCUCUGGAUUGCCAGAGCCUGAUGAACCUGACGAGCCUGAUGAGCCUGUGGUUGACAGACAAGGUAUGCCCACUUGCUUGCUGUGCACGUGCCUUGGUGGUUCGGUCUACUGUGAUGACUUGAGGCUGGAUAGUGUGCCACCCCUCCCCAAAGACACCACUCACUUCUAUGCACGCUACAACAGAAUCACCAAGAUCAACAAGUCCGACUUCGCCUCCAUGAACAAGCUGAAGAGAAUCGACUUAACCGCCAACGAGAUAACGUUCGUCGACGACAAAGCAUUUUUGGGUCUGCCUGAGCUGGAGGAGCUGGUGAUCCGAGAAAAUCACAUCUCACAGCUGCCUGCUCUCCCAGAGACCAUGACCCUGAUUGACGCCAGCCACAACAACAUUGGCACCACGGGUCUUCACAAAGAGCCGUUCAAAGAUAUGACUGGCCUGCUGUACCUGUACCUAACCGACAACCACAUUGAUUAUAUCCCUGUGCCUCUGCCAGACAGCCUGCGGUCUCUACACCUACAGCGUAACAAUAUUCAAAUGUUGCACGAGGACACGUUCUGCAACCUGAAAGACUUCAACUACAUCAGGAACGCACUGGAGGACAUCCGUCUGGACGGCAACCCCAUCAACCUCAGCAGAACCCCACAGGCUUACAUCUGUCUGCCCCGUAUACCCAUCGGGAAUCACAUUUAACCACACAGACACAUACUGACACUCUUGCACACUGACUCCCACAA